UUGAGUCUUUAUUUCAUCAGUAUUACAUAAAUCUUAAAGCUGAAUGGCCCACAUGAGGAGUUUUGGAUAAAACCUUUUGCUGUGGCGCUUUUAUUAACCACACAGAGCACAGGCUCUAAACCCAGAGGCUUGCUCUUGCGGUUUGGGUCAUGUCGAGGGGAGGCUGGGGGCUCUCGGGCUGCACCAGGUAGAGACCCUGCCACCCCGGGCUGCAGGAGGCCAUGCCGUGCAGACAGGGGGCCCCCACGGGCCACACAGCGGGGACUGAGGAAGACAAAUGUUCUAACCAGUUCUUACAAUAAUAAAAAUACAGCAUUCCUGCCCAUGGGGAGACAUGCCAUUGCAGUGGUUCAUCAGGGCCUCAAGGUCUAGCCCAAGUGAAGGAUAAGCUGACCCAGGGGUCAAGUCCCCCCUCUGAGUGGCGUCUUUGUGAACUCUUUGUUUCCAGGAAAUCGGAGUCCUAGCUCAUCGGUAGUGGUGGUCCUGGCUACGCAGAUCACGACAUCGGGACGGUGUCUGCCCUGGCGACUCCGCUUGGGAUCGCCAUGCACCAUCAGCACAUGCUGCGCUGAAGCCACAGGGGUGAGGAGUGAAGUCACCUCUGAGAACAGCGGCGAGGGGGUUCUGAGCUUUCUCGGGCUGCAUUCCGCUACCUAAAGAGCUUGCAUCAGCUUCGUGGCACCUGAAUGUGACUUUCAAAUAUGCCUAGGACUGCACCACUGAUUUCUUCCUCCGCCAGAUAAAGAAAAACCCUCAUGCGUUGGGUUUGAGAAGCCAGAGUGUCAGCAGCCCAGCCCCUUGGGACACUGAGUCUUCUUCGAAAAUCCCGAGAUCUGGUUCCCAAUAUUAAAAGUCAUAAUAUAGGGCUCUGGACUGAUGGAUUCAAGUUCUACAACAUAUAACCCGGAAAUAUGUGACUUGAAAUCACAGGAAUUUCUUUACUGGUGUCAUCAGAAACUCAGCUCCUGCUUUCAACACGUGGGUUGCCCCUGACCACCAGCACACAUGGGUUCAGAAAAGCCAAAUCUUGUAUUCACUAUCCAGCUCAUCAGCACCGAGUCAAGCCGGGGAGACUGUGAACGGACCGUCUGUGGCUCCCUGUGUGUGGCCUGGCUUCCCACACGUGCCCUUCCAAUCUCACGGCCACCCUUCCAGGUGGCCCAGGGCGGCGUGCCACCCACACAGCUUGAAAUGGCGAUUGAAAACCUCCAAAAAAGCGAAGGGAUCACUUCACACAAAAGCGGUUUACUCAACAGCCAUCUCCAGUGGCUGUUGGAUAACUACGAAACCGCAGAAGGCGUGAGUCUCCCCAGAAGCUCUCUCUACAACCAUUACCUUCGGCACUGCCAGGAGCACAAGCUGGACCCUGUGAAUGCCGCCUCCUUUGGGAAGCUGAUCCGCUCCGUGUUCAUGGGCCUGCGGACGCGGCGGCUGGGCACCAGGGGCAACUCCAAGUAUCAUUACUAUGGGAUCCGCCUGAAACCAGAUUCACCCUUGAACCGGCUGCAGGAGGACACCCAGUAUAUGGCCAUGCGGCAACAGCCCAUGCAUCAGAAGCCAAGGUACCGGCCAGCCCAGAAGACAGACAGCCUCGGGGACAGUGGUUCGCAUGGCAGCCUGCACAGCACACCAGAGCAGGCCAUGGCCGCGCAGAGCCAGCACCACCAGCAGUACAUAGGUGAGUGCCCCCCGCCCCGCGGGCAGGGCCUCCCGGGGAAGCUCCCGUGUCCACUCAGCUCUUCCGGGGCUCGCGGGUUUCAGCACCUGCAGCAUCUGCAGGGGUGCUUGAAACAGUUGGCUUGUAGAAUACCUCCUGACGUAGAAAUGUUCUAGAUCAACCUUUGUGGCAUCCCCAAGAUUUUAGAAUAGUCAGCAGAUGCCCCCAGAAUGAAUGUGUAAAGUGACCAUCAGGAAAAGAAGUAAAGAAAAGGAAAUGCCCAUCGGAAAGAAGACUGGAUGUAUUUUAAAACCUGUUGCCUCAGGACUUGGCUACCCUCCUCGGGUCUCUUCCUUGCUUCCCUGGAGCAUUUACGAUGCUCAGGACUCCUUAAAACUGGCUCUCCCGGGGCGCCUGGGUGGCUCAGUUGG